AGUCGAUUCUUGCACCCGCUUCACCUCACAUGCAAUCACCUCUCCCGUAACUCCAGAGCCUGAGACAGCGCCAAACCCCAGCGCGCCUGCCUGCGCCAAGCUUCUUACCUCGUUUAGCCCCAUCCCCAUCUCUCCUUCCAAACGACAUCAUCCCCCACAAUACCCUUCUCCUCACGCCAAUCUCGCAGAGGCACACACAUCACAACACACACAUGUCUGACGUACAGUCCAGGCCUGCGCGCGGCAGGAGUGCCGCUCGCGGCGGCAGGGGAGGCCACGGCUCGCGAGGGCCGCGAUCAAACAAACAGACAAACGGCGAUGCCGCCAUCGACACAUCCGCAGACCAGGGCCAGCUCGGCGAGCUCAAGAAACAAUAUUCGUCGCAAUUGAGCACUCUGAAAGAGCUCUUUCCCGACUGGGCUGAUGUAGAUCUUGUCCUGGCGCUCGAAGAAUCUGAUGGAGACCUUGCCUCGACUGUCGAGAAGAUUACUGAGGGACAUGUUUCCCAAUUCGCUGAGGUCAAGAAGGCCAGCGAUCGAUCCCGCUCCAAGGUCAAGGACACCACUGCUGCAAACGAUAGCGCGCCCACUCCUCGCGGAGGUAGUGCCCGAGCCCGUGGAGGCGACAGCAUUCGUGGUCGAGGACGCGGCACAGACCGUGGUCGAGGAGGAUUCCGGGGCCGUGGAGGGGCUGCGAACGGAACACGCACUGGCGGACCUUCUGGCCCGACUUCAGUUCCUACCACUGAGUCGAACGCUUGGGAGACUCCUGCUGCCACGGAAGCAAAGGAAGACGCACAGCCCAAGGCCGCCGAGGCCCCGACCGCAAAGCUAGAGGCACCCAAGCCUGCAGCUGCAGCCCCCGCCGCGAAGACGUGGGCCAGCAUGUUUGCCUCCGUCCCGAAGCCUGCAGUUCCGAAGCCUGUCGCGAAACCAGCGCCGCCGCCAGAAGAGCCCACUCCUUCUGCAGAGGUACCCGAAGUCGCACAGGAACCCCCGGUCGAAGUAGCGGAAGUGCCUCCACCGCUAGUCGCGGAUGAUAUUGUUGAAGAACCGCCCAUCGAAGAGACGUCCCAGGUGACGCCCGAUAAGGAAGAAGGCGCCGGUCCCGAGCUUACCCUCACGCCUUCCAAGGAUGAGUUGACGAAGGAUAACAUCGAGCAUCUACCCGAUGACUCAAACGGCCCGCCCACGGAAACUGUUGCUAGUACGGUUGCUAGCUCAAAGGAUAUCGGAAGUCUCGCGAGUGUUGCAACCCCGCUGAGCACUGGGGGCCAGGCCCCGAUUGGUCGUCCCGGCAUUGGAGGAUACCAAACGACGGCACUCAAGGCCACCUCUGGCUCGCACCGUAGCACGAGCUUCCAGAGAAGGCUUCAGGAACAACAGGAGGCGGUUGUCAUGCCCGGAAACCACGCGGUGAACCAGGCAGCAGUUCAGUUCGGCAGUUUGGGCCUGAACGGCGAUGUUGAUGCGGACCUCGAUGUUGAUGAAGAUAGGGAAGAUGCAGAGACACGCACUCAGCCUCCUCAGCACUCGCCGGUUGCGCAACCGAGGGCGGCUCUCCCUCCUGCGCCGCGACAAGCGCCUGCCGCCGAGUCGCAACCGGAGUCGAUCCCCACACCCAAGCAGGCUCCCGGUCUACCUCCCGUUCCCCAGCAGCCGCUCUCCCAACAAUCUCCGUCAAUCCCCCUCACCUCGCAGGCAAUGCAAAACCAGGGCUCGCAAAGCCAGCAGCCCUACAACCAGUUCGGUCGCUACGGCCAGGCAGAGACCGCGGCACCCCCGCAGAAGCCUUACGAUCCAUUUGGCCAGCAAGCACCGCAGUCCAGCCAGUACGACUACCCCGGUCAACAGCAGGCUCAGCAACAACCAUCUCAGACUCAGAUCGGCGGGUUCUCAUCUGCCCCAGAAGCCUUUGGGUCUCAAUACCCAACUUCCGAACAACAGCGCUCUGCCGCAUACCAGCAGUACUACGGCAACUAUGGCCAGCAAGGCACCCCAAGCCAACAAGAAGCCGGAGUCGCUCAACAGCGUAGCGGCAGUGCUUUUGGGGCAGGGCCCAAUGACUCCACCUUUUCCCAGAGUCAAUCCCAACAGCAGUCUCGAUACAACGAGGCGCAAAACAGCGGCCACAACACUCCCAACCCAGCUUUGGGUGGUCAGCACCCGAGCGGGCCUGCAUCGCAGCAACAAGGUCAGCACAUGCAGCAACCGCAUGGCCAGCCAGGACACGCGGGCAACUACCCUUACACUCACCCGUAUUAUGCAUCGAACCCAUACUACGCCAACUAUGCCAGCCAGUAUGGCGGCUAUGGCCAAGGUGGGUACGCCAACUUUGGAAAGAGUAUGUAUGGCCAAUCGCACCAUUACGGUGGGAUGCCUCCUCAGGGUUCUUUCGAUCAACAUUCGUCCUCCCCGGCUAAUGUAGGCGCCUUUGGCGGCUCCUCUGUUCACGGCCGCGACUCCGGACUGGGUGGAGGACUGGGCGACUACGGCAGGUCGGUGUCAGGUGCUGGACAGAACCAGCACAAUGCUACUGCUGGCUCUGGCGCAUUCGGUGGCAUCCCGGACUCUUACCGCCAGCCUCAAGGUGGUUACGGAGGUCAAAGCUCCUACGGUCAACAACAGCAAGGCCCCAGCGAGGAUUCCCUGAAGCCGUUUGGCGACACCAAGAGUGCCGGACCCAGCCCUUCCGCUCUUGGGGCUCAGCCUGGCCGCCCCGGAUCUGCUACGAACAACCCGCAGAGCCAGGGGAGCCAAACUGGCCUGCCUCAGCAGCAGGGCUUCGGCGGUUACCCAGGUCAUCUUAACCAGGGCCAGGGCAACCAGUACGGUGGUGGUCUUGGUGGAUUGGGGCACCAGGGUGCCGGAAGCCAUCAAAACAACUUUGGCCAGUAUGGUGGAUUCGGUGGUGGUUACGGGUCUUACAGCCGUGGCGGCUGGGGCACAAACUAUCAACAGCACUAGAGGUUCCGUUGCGGACCUCGUAUUGAGUUGAAAUUGGAGGAUGGCAUUCUGGCUGCGCUUUUGCUCAAGAUGUCGCGGCUAGACUUUGAAAAGGUUAUCAAACAGUAUAGCCUUUUCAUUUCUAUCUCUUCUUCUCCGGCUCUUUCUCUCCUCACUCUGUCUGCAUAUCUGAUUGAUUAACGGCUAAAAGUGGCCUAACUUGUAUUAUGACGGGGACUUGUUCAUCUCUUUUUCUCUGGAAUUUGGCUUUGCUCUUGCAUCCUCUCACUUCUGGACCGGAUCAGAAUGGCGUUUUGCGUCUUGAGCAAGGGUGGGUCCACUUUAUAAGCAUCGAUGCAAAAAACUUGUUUUGUUUCUUGGUUUUGUUCUUCAGGAAAGGGAGAGGAUAGGGAUGUCUAAACAUUAGUCUAGUUUGGGAUGGAAUGGGGAUUAUGGAGUUUGCAACACGGCAACUGGCGGAAGUGGGUGGGAUGGGAUGGAUCGGGAU